GUCGCAGAAAACUGUGGCCGCCCCUCUUUCCUGCGCCGGCUGCUUGCUGAUAGAUAAAAUCGACCGCACCCCCCAGCUCCAUUCACCGCCAUAGCCAGUGCACAGCGGAGCCGCUGCAGAGAAGCCAUCAGCGUAUUACCGACCAAUUACCCUCGAAGCGCAUAGAUACACCGCCUGUUUACGGGCCGAGAUGGGAAAGGUGGGUGAGUUGGUCCGGGUUUCCCUUCUUAUUGUGUUCCUCCUGAACACUGAAUCGACAUGGGCCAAAAGAGGGAGCAGUAGCAGCAGCAGCAAGAAAACCUCUACCAGCAGCAGGGGGGGGACGCAGUCGAAGCCCUCCGCGAGCUACCCUCGACAGCCACAGAGUCCCAAUCGUAACCCCAAUCCAUAUCCUCCUGGUGGAAGUUACCCUGGAGCAGGCAAUCCAGCAGGAGUCCCCAGACAAAACCCACCUGCAGCUGGAUAUCCAGUCGCGGGUGGCUAUCCGGCUGCGGGUGGCUAUCCGGCUGCGGGUGGAAAUCCGGCCGCCGGUAGAUAUCCGGCCGCCGGUGGAAAUCCGGCCGCCGGGGGCUAUCCGAACCAAUACCCUGGGAGAGGGAAUUAUCCAAAUCAACAUCCACCUGCUGGAGGCUACCCAGCUGCUGGAGGCUACCCAGCUGCUGGAGGCUAUCCCAACCAAUACCCGGGCAGAGCUGGCAACCCAGGAGGAUAUCCUGCAGGAGGAUAUCCUGCAGGAGGCUACCCUGCUGCAGGAGGCUACCCAGCUGCAGGAGGCUACCCGGUCAGAGGGGGAAAUACAGGUUGGGGUCAACCUGGUGCAGGGGGUUACCCUGGUGGAGGGGGUGGUGCCUACCCCGGUGGAGGGGUUGGUGGUUAUCCUGGCGCAGGGGUGGGUGGUUACACCAACUGGAACCCAAAUAAUAAGAUCCUCAGUCCCCGCUAUGGUGGGGGAGGCUACGGCGGGGGAGGCUAUGGUGGUCAAGGGAUGGGAGGGUCACCUUUCUCUCGUUCCGUGCAGGGAAUGGGUUACCAGCCCAAGUCUUCAGGUUUUGCCAAGAAAGCCAUGCUGGCAGCGGGCGUAGGGGCUGUGGCCGGGAUGGCUGUUGGGUAUGGACUAGGUCGCUUCCCUCGACCCCACUUCAAUUUCCGUAACCCUGAAGAAGAGCAGUACUACAACAACUACAUGUACAAACGCUACGGCACCCAGUCCACUGAUGAGAAGGACUAUGGCCGCGAUUACGUCUACAGGCCUCCACCACGGGCGGAGUCUUACGACAAAUUCAUGGAGCGCUGCAUGAACAGGACCGACCUCCUUAAAGAUGAAGGGAGCAGCUCGACCAGGCCCAAGAGUCAGGAUGGAGUUGGCCAAGUCGCGGACGACACGGUCAGCAUCGAGGAGAUUGGGUACCCGGCCCUAAUUGAGCAGAUGAAGGCCCGCCGCUGCGUCGAGCAGUUCAUGGUGUACUCGGAGCGCUUUCUGCAGGAACGAAAAGCCGAGCAGCAAAGCCAGGCGAAUCGCAGCAGCCCUCUGAGCGACGGGACGAUUCAGCUUUUCACCUCCUUCCUGAUGCUACUUUCCAGCAUGCUUCUUCUCCAGUGAGAGCUAUUAGUGUUCGUUUAAACAUAACCCUAAUGGAUGGCCAUUAUAUCUGCACGUCCACACACUGCUGAAGUAUAUUAUCUCCAUAGCAAGCUCUCUGGGUCUCAUGUAGUCAAUCCUAUCGCUAUUAUCGACACAGGUAACCAAUGUUGAUGUAUAUACUAACUAAAUGAGUACAUUGUAAGAGGCAGCAGAGUAUUUGUUUCAAAAUGUUACAGUUAUAUCAUCAGUUGUGUGUUGUACAAGCUGGACUAAUCUUGUUUAUGUUAACUCUUUCAAUAAGUUAUUUAGCGUCUGUGUUGCUCUGUUUCAUGUUUUUUCGCUCCACAUUAUAAUACACUGAAUGCAUAGAAAACAGAUUACAGGAACUUUAGUUCAGCUUUUGUAACAAUUUGCUGUUAUAGCACGACUGUGUAAAGCCGGAAUUUGUAUGUACAAAAAAAAAAAAAAGGAAAACCAUCCUAUUAACAUUUAGUCAACCUUUUCAUCUGAACACUACAAUUCAACUGAGCGAUUUUCAAUUGGUUAAAUAUACUUAUUAAAGGAGUCAUUUGGGGCAAAUUGAGAAUAAAUAUUUAUGUAAUUUGGCAAUGGAAACAAAUGGAUAGACUUGUUUUUCUUUCUGAGGACCGCUCACCAAAAGGAGAAGAGCAUUGUUUGUUUGUGUACUGACCACGAGGAGGCCAUUUAACGGUACAAAAACGAGGCAUGUGCUCAUUUUGAUACACUUGAUCCAAUCAAUUCAAAAUUCCCUUAAAACCACCACGUCGGUAAAUAUUUGCCACCCAUACUUGAAAACCAUCCGUCAAAUGGCAAUCUUGAACUUGUAUGACCAUAAUCUAAUUAAGACUCAAAAUGGGGAACUGUUCCCCUUCAAAUCCUGGAUGGCAUGCAACGACCCUUGAUAGUAAAGAGGCCUCUCUGGGCGUCUUUCUUUUGAUGUGAUUUGUUGAAAACAGCAGCCGAGGCUUCGGGUUUGUGCAGCGCUCCGUGUGGUUUGUGAAAACUGGCGUUUUGAGGCCCAUCCUUUUGGUUUUAAACAGAUGAGGUCCGCCACCAUUCCCGAUUUUUAAUCCUGAAUUCUGGCAACGCAGAAGUAGAUUUCCAGGUGUUGACCUGUGCAUACAUAAGUCUGCUGGUCCGUGCCACCCUUUUCAUCUUAAUGGGUUUGUGCAUUUGUUUAUUGUGAAGCUUCCUGUAUAUUUCUAAAUUAUUUAUACAUUUAUUUUACCGUUGAAGCUUGUUUUAUUUUAUCUGACUGUUUCAAUGACUUAUUCCCUUUUGGGUUUUGUAAUAUAAAAAGCACUUUGCGACUGUUUUGGAAAAAUUCUCCAUGUAUGAACUUUGCAGGCUUUUCCAGAGAGUUUCACACAAGUAAAAAGUUCAGAUGAGAAAACGCGUCAUUGUCUUUUUAGUCCGCUAUUUGGACAGUGGUGUAUUCUGACUACUCUGGGUAAUUAUUUAGUGUGUCACAACAAAGAAAGUCAAGUGGAUACUGUCUUGUUGUUGACGGCACAUCUGGAAGUGAGCAUUUGCAUUUUCUAAAGUGAUUUUAUUGUCUUCUCAUGUCACUUUUAUUCCUUGAAUCUCUGUUAAUCUGUUUUCAUACUGCACCCUGGGUCUUUACAUUUUCAUAUUGUAGGCUGUAGAAUAUCUGUGAAGUGCACUUAUUCCCUUUGGGUGUAGAUAUUCUGUAACUGUCAUUGAGCUCAUAAUGGGAAUAUAGACAUCUGUGUAAAUCUAACUCGUAGUUGUAAAUGCUUUGGGUUACUAAACUGGUUUGUCAUGUUUAUGUCUUCAAUAAAAUAACUUACACUAUAU